UUAUUCUGUAACCCCCCUUCCCCCCAAACAGCUCUUAGAAAGCAAGUUGUCCUUUAACAAUGCUACUUGCUGCACUGAUUUUGGGAUCACGGGUCGGAUAACAAAGUACAACCCUGAUAUGGCCGGUGGGAGCGUUGUUACUUCUCUUAUCCUUCCAACGUCUUUGCAUUAGCCUCGUCGUAUCACUCAGAAAAAUGGCUCUGUCGAAUAUUCCCGCAAUGGAAGAAGGAGAGCUAAAAUAUCUGGUUUCCGAUCGCAGGCACAGUGACACAAGCGGUAAAGAGCUAGUGAAAACCUCCUUCAAAUUGAAAGGUCGGCGACCUGAGCUACACGGAGGACAGAAAAAGCGCCUUGAACUUGAGUACUACGACAAAGAACAGGUGGAGUCGGGCGUGGAGAAACGACUCGUGUUAAAAUAGAAAAUAGAAGAAAACGAUGUCGAACUCGGCAGAAAACUUGCAGAGUUCCAGCAAAUUUGAACCAAGAUGGUGGUUUUUCGCCGUGAACUGAACACAAGGUCAGCUGUAUUUCUAACUCCGUCAUCGAUGAAAAUCGGUGGUUGUUAAAAUGGCAAAAAUGACCCAGAAAUCGAUGGACGAGUGAUCCGCCUACGAUGACCUUUUGAUAGGCAUCAGCAGCCUCUUUUUAUGUUCCUAGUCAUCAAAUAGAAGAAACGACAAGCUUGCCCGUUGUGAGGAGAUGAUUCUUGUCAUUCUCAAAAGCAAACACUCAAACAAGAAUGCCCCAUAUUCCCCUAAGGGAGCUCUGGCGGUUGUGAAUCGG